AUGUACGAGAACGGCGAAGAAGGUGAAUUUGAAAGUUACGAAAGUGUAACGACACUUGCGGAGGCCGAGGAAGAUCGCAAGUUAGACGAAUUAACGGUCAGCGAUACCAAAAGUCUCGAACGGAUUACGAAAGAACUCGUACAAGAAACACAGCGAGAACUCGGUUUGAUCAAACUGUGUUGGCCAGAAGUUGAUCCGAGAAAAGAUCUUUACUUGAAAACGCUUCCCAGUGAUUAUUGUAUCGUCAACGGUAAAGAGAAGGUGCUCGCGUGGUACGCCGAAAACUUUCGACGACAAUUUCACGUAAAAUACCCGAAACGGAAGCAGCUUCUGCUGAUGUGCGAGAACGAAUGCGGCGUGCAAAAAUUCGUAUCUACGACUAUCAGACCAAGUACGCUGCCAUAUCCGGAACUGUACACGUGGCAGGGGUGCGGAAAAUUCGUCAGCGACUAUAUCGAGUACGUGCCGCUGGACAAAGCACUCAGCAUGGUAAGUAGUCGAACGUAUCAUUCAUCGAAUAACGUCUUAUUUCGUAAAGCUAAGCGACGAAGGUCCUUAAAUAUAUAUAAUAUUAUAUAUAUAUAUGUAUAUAUAUAUAUAAUUUCUCAUCGAUAUAACAAACAUCGCGCCUCGUCGUUAUCAAAUUUUUUUUUUUUUUUUUGUUCUUCGUUUGGACCAUUUAGUUUCGCGCGAGUCGCGUGCACACACUCACAUACGCACAAACGCUCGUUUAACCUUACUUUAUUUACCAUACGUAAAUAACUCGUCAACAGAACACGAGAGGUAGAACUGUUUGGGAAAAAGCGCCAGUCCACAAUAAACAUCGUGAAGCCAUUUUAAAUAUACUCGCGCGAUAAUUAAAA